GACCCCAUCACCUCUCCAUCCACACAAGGAGUGCAAAAGAGAGGGAUAAAGUAAAAAAACUAGAGAGAUGGAGAUUUUGAACAAUAACUUCAUGAUGGGAGAGUGCAAGGGCCAAAAAACAGUGGAUGGGGAACAAAUCCCUUUAGUGCUGCACCCCCAGCAAGAUGAUCAACGCAGCUUGGGCACGCUUGUGGCGAGUUUGAAGGAAAACAAGGCGUGGUUCGAGGAGAAGCUGCUGAGAAACAGCGCCGUGCUGCUGCGGGGAUUCGACGUGCGCGACGCCGAGGGGUUCAACGACGUCGUGGAGGCGCUCGGAUGGGACGACAUCCGGUACGUCGGCCCCGCGCCGCGCACGCACGUUUACAAGCGGGUGUGGACCGCGAACGAGGGCCCGCUCUCGGAGUUCAUUUACUACCACCAUGAGAUGGUUCUGAUCAAGGAAUUCCCCACCCAGGUGAUACUCUUCUGCGAAGUGCCACCGCCGGAGGGCGGCGAGACGCCGUUUGUGCCGAGCUUUCGGGUCACAGAGCGCAUGCUCGAGGAGUUCCCGGAGAUUGUGGAGGAGAUGGAGGAGAAGGGGCUCAGGUAUACCUUCACGGCCGUCAGCAAGAACGACACUUCUUCCAUGAGGGGAAGAGGCUGGGAGGACGCGUUCGGCACCUCCGACAAGCUCGAAGCUGAGAGAAGGGCCAAGGCCUUAGGCAUGGAAGUGGAGUGGCUCCCGAACGGCGGGGCAACGACCAUUUUGGGCCCCCGGCCGCUGACCCGCGUGUUCCCAAAGAGGAAGGGACGGCGGAUGUGGUUCAACACGCUGGUCGGAAUGCACGGCAAGGCGAUCAGCUCCGCCACGAUGGCCGACGGGUCGGAGAUCCCCGCGGAUGUCGUGAAGAGGUGCGGCGAGAUCAUCGAGGACGAGAGCAUCCAAUUCAAGUGGGAGAAGGGCGACAUUCUGUUUCUGGAUAACUUAGCUACUCUUCAUGGGAGGAGGCCGUCUUUGCCGCCCAGGAGGGUUCUGGUGGCUACCUGCAAAUGAGCGAGUUCGUGUUUUCGCAAUAAUAUAAUAUAAUAUAAUAUAAUAAUAGUCGGUCCAAAUAGUGUACACGAUCUAGAAAUGUGACAAGCCUAUAAUAAUAAUAAUACAAUAAUUUUCGAGGCAAUUAAAUGUAAUGUUGAAAAAAAUGUGCCAGGAUCUUUUCCUGUCGGGUGCAUGUUGAGAA